AUGGACGAAGAACCAGAACCGCCCAUGCCGAACGAUCUGCAGAUCACGUCCGAGACGACGAGGCUCGACCUGGAGCCCCGCCCGCCCGGCGGCGGCGGCCCGCGGCACGAGCUGGUGCUGCGCCUGGCAAUGACGGAGUGCCACACGUGGCGCGGGAUCGGGGGCCGGAGCGGGCGGGUCCGCCGUCCCAGGCGCAUGAACAGGGAGAUAUGGCUGCCCCUGGACGACAACCCCUCCUCCUCCGGCGGCGGGCCCGACUACCUGCGGAGCGGCGACGACUGCCGCCGCCUCAUCGGCCGGGCGAUCAAGCACAGCCUCAGGGAGGAGGAGGAGUACCGCUACCUGACCCCGGCUUACUGGGACAAGGCCGUGCCCCGGGGCGUCGAGCGCGCCCUCGACGUGGCCGUGCAGCGCGACGGCGGCGGCGGCGGCGCCACGUUCGAGGUGAUCGUUGACAUCAGCGUCCGCUUCGAGUUCGUGUACUGCGAGGCCAAGGCGCUGCUGCUGUUGUGCGCCGAGAACGACGGCGGUGACCCGGCCGGGAGGAGCGGGAACGGCGGCGACGGCGAGGCGCCGUCGUGCUCCAUCUGCUUCGAGGAGAUGUCGCGGGAAGCGGACGAGGUGACGGACCUGCCGGGGUGCACGCACGGCUUCCACUCCUGGUGCAUCGCCGCGUGGUUCCACAAGGCGUCGACGUGCCCGGUGUGCCGGCGCGAUCAGUUGCAGUAUCUCCCGCCAGAUUACCGGGAUCUCCAUGACUCGAUGGCCUUUGAUCCUGACAGUUUGCCAGACUAUUUGUAG